AUGAAUCCACACGCCUGUGGUGUUUCUAAUUCGUGGAAGCCCCUUUCGCCACAGCGAGACAACAUACACACCGACAUGCUGGACAAUAUCAAUGAUAACGACGGCGAGGACGAUGCAUGUGAUUACCAUCGUAAUCAUGAAAUGCAUAAAAAGGUAAAACGAGCAAGGACAGGGACUGCUCACGAUGUCACAACAGUCGCCCACAUUAAUUCAAAUUGUAGUAGCUGCACGAGCAAUGGUAAUGAUGAUAAAGGUAGGCACGUAGCCCUUAUAGGUAGUAGCGACGACAAUCGUAAUAACACCGAAGUGGUGUGCAACAAAGGGGUUAAAAACAACAACAACAGCGACACAAGUGCCGCUAGUGGUGCUGUGGAUGAGAGGGGUGCAGUGAACGGAUUAUCUCCUUCGUGUGGGCAAGAGGAGGAAGCACGAGAUGAACUGGGGCAAAAGUGUGGCCACGAAAACAACGAAGUUGCGGGGGGACGUGACACGACGAAAGGCAGUGGGUUUAUUGCACCAGAUGGUGAUGGCCGUCCUGCUGAUGGCCACGAUAGUAAUGGUGUUGUCAACGGGGAUGAUAAUGCUGAUGGAGAGAAGAGAGCUGUGACGCUUCCAAUUGAACUGGACACAGUAUGCAGGGGCCUCGUGCUUUUCUUGGAGAGCUUAUGCGAGGAAAACUCAUCGGAGCCGCUUCUCACAACAGAUUUCCAUUCCUCCUCGAUUCCUGGGACGUCAAUAGCUGCCUAUACCCAGCGCUUCAGGUUGAGGGGUUCCUUCAGUGGGGAGACGCUUCUGGUAAGCCUCAUUAUGCUGCUCAAGUAUUCUUUUACCAUUUCCCACCCCGUUACGUACUAUAACGUGCACCGCCUCAUGAUCACCAGCGCUAUGCUCAGUGCUAAGAUGCGUGAAGAUCGGUUCUUCGACAAUAGGUAUUAUAGUUUUCUUGGUGGUAUUAAACUAUCGGAGAUGAACAAACUCGAGCUGCGCUUCUGUUCAGUGCUAGGGUGGGAUCUGUGGAUAGAUGACGAGGACUAUGAAACGCUAGCGAGACUCAUGAGGCGGCUCGUUAAGGAACUUGCCGAAGUGGAGGUCAGCAGCAACAAUGACUGCGUUGGAGAGGACGUUAGCGCACAGAACGAGGUAGCGCUACGGGAGUUUGGGGCCCGCUUUUGGGCUGAACACCUCCGUCCCUGGAAAUGUGGGCUCGAGUCAAACCUCGCACGACGGGCCCAGCGCAUGGAACAGAGCGAUCGGAUUUUCCUGAACCGAAUUCGAGAAAGGAGCCGCCAGUUUUACCUUUCGGAGAGCAACGGGAUUAACGGUUAUGGCUGUUCUGCUGUAUUGGUGCCUACCAUAUACGGUCGCCAAAUGUACCAGAUGACCACACCAGUGAUGAUCAACAGGAGUGGAGAGGCUUGUAUGGACAAGAAGGUAGACUUCCGUCAGCAACAACAACAACAGCAGCAGCAGUUUGGCAUUGCCAAUCGUAACAGUCGAGAACUUGGCACUGACCACAGCGUAGCUGCCGCAGCAGCUUCAAGCUCUGUUACUGCGGCAUCGGCAUGCGCGACAAUGGUGGGGGCGUCGGGUACCGUAGCUAAUGGCUUCUCGUCAUUUGGAAAUUCCGUCCGCAUGGAUGGAGGCUCGCUGGUUACUACAAAAGGUCAAUACGUUGUUGAUGGCUCUUCCUCUUCCGCGCCACGCCCUCACAACUUCGACCACACCAAUGGGCAAAGUUGUGUGGAUCCAUUCAAGAAAGAUUUAAAGACCUCUGUGACCGGUAGUGUUGGAGGCGCCGGUGUAAGUUGUGACACCGUUGGUAACGGCGUUAAUAACGGCCAUCGCUACGCUAGUGGGACUUCAGUAGGAAACGGUACAACUGGCUCAGCAGUGAAGCAACAACGUAGGGGUAACGUCAGUGAAAACCAUAAUAAUAACAACACCAACGAUAUCGUUGUUGUUAAUGGUAGUAGCGGCACUGAUGCCUCCAACACAGGCUCAAAUAAAUGGUUCUCGCGCACGGUACGAAGCAAAAUACAGCACGCAUCCGCGAUCGCAGUGUCGGAUGAGCAGCAGCAGCAGCCACCAGCAGAAAAAGGACUGCCAUGGCAAAGGGGUGAAAGAGGUGUAGGAGCGAAGCGGCGUAAACCUGAUCACUACAGGGACUACCGAUAA